AUGGGUGAGCCUCCACUUCCUCCUGUGAUUGCUUCAGAUGUUGGCGAACAUGAUUGCCUCGUUCACUCCGAUCCGAUUUUGACUGAUAUUGGCGAUGCUGCUAUCGGAUCUGCUUCAUCGGUUAUUCCCCAUGAAGGUUCGGGGGAGGUAGCUCACAUCCAGUCCGAUGCCGUUGUGGUUUCUACUGUUGUUCCUCCUUCUACUGGUAUUCUCAAUUUCACUGUCGACACUGUAAAACUCGCUUUUCGUCAAAAGCUAUUAGGCUUAGGAUUUGGUUAUCGGAGGUCCAAACCCGUUUUCGAAAGCGACGUAGAUAUCCAUUCAAACAACAUCCAUCCAAUUAGGUCUUCAUCAAGCUUGCACAUAGAUUAA